UGUGUUUCCGGCUGGCGGUUCUUUGUCCUCCAUUACUCGGAUUCCGCUCGUCGCUACAGCGCAGAACCCGGACAGCGCAGCCGCUCUGAGGGAGCGCUGGGAGGAUGGAUGUGUACUGGGGGCACACUAAGAACGGGUCCGACCUGGUGGGAGCGCUGGGAGGAUGGAUGCUGGGAUUUCACCAAGUGAUCAUUAAUUCAGUGUACCGCACGGCAGAAGAGCCCCCCACACACUGGUAGACGAGGAGGCAGGUAAUGGAGGAGCACAGCGUUCACCAGACAGAGCACAUGACCACCAUCGAAGCGCACGCCGUUAGCCAACAGGUGCACGUGACCACAUACACAGACGCCACCAUGAUGAGCGCAGACGAAGACUCCACCUCGUCCCCGGAUGACGACCCGUAUGAUGACACGGACAUCCUGAACUCGGCGGGCACCGAUGAGAUCACAGCACACCUGGCGGCCGCAGGACCAGUUGGCAUGGCAGCCGCCGCUGCCGUGGCAACGGGAAAGAAACGGAAGCGACCGCACAUCUUUGAGUCCAACCCCUCAAUCCGUAAGAGGCAGCAGACGCGCCUGCUCAGGAAGCUGAGGGCCACACUGGACGAGUACACAACCAGAGUUGGCCAGCAGGCCAUAGUUCUGUGUGUCUCCCCCUCCAAGCCCAACCCCGUGUUCAAGGUGUUUGGCGCCGCCCCUCUGGAGAACGUGGUGAGGAAAUACAAGAGCAUGAUGCUGGAGGACCUGGAGAACGCCCUGGCGGAGCACGCCCCGGCGGGGGGGGACAUGGCGUCCGAGCUGCCCCCCCUCACCAUCGACGGCAUCCCCGUGUCGGUGGACAAGAUGACGCAGGCCCAGCUGCGGGCCUUCAUCCCCGAGAUGCUCAAGUACUCGACCGGCCGGGGGAAGCCUGGCUGGGGCAAGGAGAGCUGCAAGCCGGUGUGGUGGCCUGAGGACAUCCCCUGGGCCAACGUGCGCAGCGACGUGCGCACAGAGGAGCAGAAGCAGAGGGUGUCGUGGACGCAGGCGCUGCGCACCAUCGUGAAGAACUGCUACAGCCAGCACGGCCGGGAGGACCUGCUCUACGCCUUUGAGGACCACCAGGUGGCGCCGCCCGCCCCGCAGCACCACCACAUGACCAUCCCCCAGAGCCACAUUGCACAACUCGUCCCCUCGCAGACUGUGGUGCAGACGGUCAACAACCCUGACGGCACCGUCUCCCUCAUCCAGGUGGGCACGGGACACACGGUCGCCACACUGGCGGACGCAUCGGAGCUGCCUGGCGUCACAGUGGCUCAAGUCAACUACUCCACCGUCACCGACGAGUGCUGGCCAUUCACACCCAGUCAGCUUGUGUUUGCUCCCCACCAGAUGAUGUGUCGCGCAGGACAGACGGAGAUGUCGCCCCACAUCAUUGUGGAACAGAACUGGGCCACGCUUCAGGGCGGUGAAAUGACCAUCCAGACGACCCAGGCCUCGGAAGCCACGCAGGCGGUGGCGUCGCUGGCCGAGGCGGCGGUCGCAGCCUCGCAGGACAUGCAGCCUGGGGCAACCGUUACCAUGGCGCUCAACAGUGAGGCAGCGGCGCACGCAGUGGCUACGCUAGCAGAGGCCACCCUGCAGGGGGGGGGGCAGAUCGUCCUCGCCGGGGAGACGGCGGCGGCUGUGGGGGCUCUGGCCGGGGUGCAGGACGCUACAGGCCUGGUCCAGAUCCCUGUGAGUAUGUACCAGACUGUGGUCACCAGCCUGGCGCAGGGCAACCGGCCCGUGCAGGUCGCCAUGGCGCCCGUUGCCACGCGCGUGGACAACACGGUGACGCUGGACGGCCAGGCGGUAGAGGUCGUGACCCUGGAGCAGUGACAAUGAGUCCGGCGUCGGCCCGCACCCCGAGCGCCCGACGCCGCCCAGACGAACCGAGGGGGGGGGGUGUCGUCUGUCCUUCUCCCCACGCCCCCUGCCGACCCCGCGGUGACCCCGCGGUGACCCCGCGGUGUACAGUGUAACAUAUUAUUACAAUGUGACCUAUGAUGCAUUGUGUUUACUGUGUAAAGAUAUUGCUUUUUGUUGUUGUUGAAGAUGCGUUGUGUUUGUUCUUUUCUUUACCGGACAUUUUUUGUGGCGGGGGGGGGGGGGGGGGUGUUUAGCUCCUGUGACGUAAACAGUGUUGCAAGCAAGUUUAUUAGAGUAUUUAGUAUUUAUUUCUUUAGGAUUACUUUUGGAAUACUUUUUUGUUUGAACAUGACAAGAUGAACCAAAGUGAGGGAGGAAAGCCAGCGGGGGGUGGCCUGAACAUGAUCGCUGUCCGUCGUUGUACACACUGCGUCUUACCUUUUGUUAGCCACUUCCAGGGCCGUAACCAGACAUGUCAUUUUACGACUCGUAUUCACCUGCAGGGGUUAUUGCUCUAACCUCACGCAGGCGUAUCUUCCAUCAUCAAAUAUCCCCCCCCCCCCCCCCAUGAUUUCCCUUCAUACAGCGUCUGCCCUAUAUUCACUCCGACCGAAUCCCGUCAAGUGUCGCCCAAUGAAAUAUUACAUUGACGUUGUACUUUUUAUCUGUGUGGUUAUUUCCUGUGCUGUUAAGUUUGGCACAUGCCAAGACGACUCAGGAUAUUGGUCAGUGUUUUUAUAUCCUGCCUUGCUGAGCGCACCUCAGGAAGCAGCCAUUUUGUCUAACUGUCCAUUUAUGUACACCGCAUGGAAUAAUAGACGCCUUGCAAUCAAAUUUUCUACAAUCCCGUAAAGAGACUGCCGUCUAAAUAUUAAUAGUGUUCUUUCUUUCUCUUCUCAUUUUUAAUUAAAAAAAUCGGCAUGUAAAUGUGGAAACAUUUCUAUCCUCAAGCAAAUUGUUCACCUCGACCUGCCUCACUUCACCGCUAUAGUCACAGUUAGUGUGAAGCCAAACAAACCCCAAUAAAAUGGUUGCUGUUCACCGAUUGCGUCUCUUACUUAAAAUUACUAACAUUUCAUUGAACACGCCUCAGAAUGGAGCUCUUUUAAGAAGGUGCAUGUUCAUGUGCGUCCAGCGGGGGCUUCGGCCCCUCCAGAGUAAUAGUAUUGGAAACUCCACUAAAUCAGGCGGUUAAUAAAUCUAACUAGAAAACUGUUUUGAUGUGCUUUGUUGUACACUUGUUAUCGUCCCACUUUGGGGGUUAUCAGAUGCGAUAUUGUAUGGACUGUGAGAAGAUGGAGCUUUAAUUGUGUCUAGUUAUGUGGUUAGAAAAGUGUGUGUACAUAAAUGCAGUCCAUUUAACAUACUUCUUUUUUACAUAGUGUUUGUAAUGCUUUGGAGGAAAGUGGGUAGAAUGGAUACGGCAAACAACCGUUUAAUGCAUGGAGGCCAUUUAAUAAAGCAUUUAAUGUUUUUAUUUAAAGGGAGAUGAAACCAUAUCCAAACAAUUCGAAAAUAUGUGUUCCAGCAGAGACAUUGCUUUCAGACAGUAUAUUUAUAUGUAAUCCCAUUGUAAACACCCGCUUCUUUGCCAUCGGUGAUACAUGCGUUAAAUGUGCUGUGGUUAAAUAAAGAAGCAGAAUAAAAGGA